UGGAGGCCGCUCCUGAACAGCAUGAGGACUUUGAUCUGGAGACAGGGGCCCUCACCUUGGACGCCCGGGAGCAGGUGAAGUGGCCUUUCGAAGGCGGCUUCAACCUUGAGGUGCUGAACCGCUACAACUUGCUGCGCCCCGAGACGUGCAAUCGUUGCGGCGUGCUCCCCAUCGAGGCUUUGCCUGCGGUGAUGCCCAAGGGCGGCAAGGGCUUGGCCUACACGAUCCACGGCACGAAGAAACAGAAGGUGGAGGUCAUUCUCGACAAAAGGUCUUUCUACGUGAAAUCGUUCGGAGACGCGGUGAUGUCAGAUCCUGCGCCCGCCAGAACCUUCGCGUGGGGCUCCCACGGCGGUACUUCCAUUGCGUGGGCGAAGCUCAAGGAGCAUAUUCAGUUUGAGCGCGCCUGGCAAAUGCAGGCUUGA